AUGGAUGUCCGAUCGCUUUUGAAUCCUUCAGAUGAGGGAGAGAGGAAAGUGAUUGCUGCCGUUGCAUCAACAGAGAAGAUAUUUCAGCCUCCAUCAAUAACCCAAGGCCAGAUCAAUUUUCCACACGGGGAGCAAAUGACAACUGUGGAUGCAACCUGCUUCCCCCAUGAACACGCUGAAAAAAGAUAUGAAUGCUCGGUGAACACCUUGAGAAACCCAGCGCCUUCCACCCCAACAGGCAAGAAACGGUCCGCCGCUGUCGUCGAAGAUGAGGAGCGCCGAAUUUCAGCGGGCUAUUCACAUGGCAAUGUCUCUGGUGAAAACCAGCCUUGGGGUGGUUUUCAUAUUCAAACUGGAAACACUGAACAUCUGCGAACACACUAUGAUUUUACAAUAUCAAACCCGGAUGCUCCAGCGACGCCGGGGUUCCUUCCCACUCCCACUCCGGUUCAAAUUACCCCUGCUCCUGCCACAGUAUCUAGCACCCUAUUUCCUGAUGGUUGGGUGCCAGACCCAUAUGUCUCACCUCAGUUGGAGGAUGUUUUGAAAUUUAAAACUGCCUCAUUGGGCGUUCCGCAUGACCCCGAACCACCAGAAACAACUAUCAUGAUUCACCAUUAUGAUGUUGAGGAGUUGCCAUUCGAGAUAUUGACGUCAGAAGCUGCCAGAAUAUACGAUGUUAUUUUGUCAACCGAAAUGGGAUGCCUUGCAGAAGAUGCAAAUAUCUCAUGUGUUGGAAAGUUGAGUGAAAACCAGUGGAUCAAUCUGGUCAAAUGGCAUCGAAGCCUCAUUGAUCACCACUAUGGUUUACUCAUAUAUAUGGUCCCCGGAUUAAAAAAUUUGUGGCUUGAAUGUCUUGGUGACCUGACCAGCUACAUGAUGUGUCUUGAGGAUACGGAUUCUGAUGAGAGGGAGACCUGGAAUGAAAUUUCAUCGAGUUGGUAUCACAAGGCCCUUGAUGAAAACCCUGGAAAGGGAAGUCUCUACCACCGACUUGGUAAUCUUUCAAAACCCGACAUGGGUGGGCAAUUGUUCUGUUACUCCAGGUCUCUUAUGGCAACCAAACGAUACGAAAGGUCAAAGAGCUCCGUUGAGUCUGCCUUUAACAUGGCAUUGAACUCAAUUCAGAAGCAGAAUGUCACCCCGCCAGACUUACCAUCUUGGUUUGUGGGCUCGCAUGCUAUGCUUCUUCGCGGUGGUUCAAUCCACAAGUUCAUUGACCGCGAAUCUGUCAGCGAAUCCCAGCUUGAAAGUGUCAACUUCCCGAUCCCAACUGAAACGGAAUUCCCCCAAUUACCAGAGGAUUUCCUCUUUCAGAGCCAGAUAUGGUCACAAAUAGUAUAUCCCCCUGAUUUUUUCACAAAUGCUACCAUGGAGGACCACAGCGGUGGCAUAGACAUGACCAGCACUCAAUCAGCCCGCAACGAGCGCUGUCUAUGGUAUGGAUAUCGUCUGGCAUCGUAUGGCCGCUGGAUUCAGUUAUUAGAGGAAAACGCCGGGAAGAAAUUUAGACCUACACAUUAUGCCACCCAACUCGAAACGGCUGCUAUACAUCCUAAAGUGUUUAGACAGCCUCAAAUGGAUGUCCCUACCUCCUUGUGUACCUCCCUGCUUAUCGCAGCCAUGAACGACAGGAUAGGCGACAUGGAACACUUGAAGUUGUUUGAAAAGAACCUUGGAAAUUCACUAGACCGAUUGUCCUACGAAAUAUGCGACGCCGGCUGCGACGACAGUGACAUCACUAGACUUCAAGACAUCUAUCAAACGCUUGAAUAUUCUAAGAGCAAGGUCGAGGAUGCCAGAAUACUCAAAGAAUGCACCAUGGAUGAAACAGAAGCGCCGCUGGAUUCAGUUAUGCAAGGAAAACGGCGUGAAGAAAUUGAAGGCAACGCCACGACCGUCACCGCAGCUGUCAACGGUUCGCCAAGGCAAAAGCUUAAUUUAACCACACCACACCAAGGAAGAUGCGCCAGGUUGUUAGGGGGUACUACGGCUACCCUAUCACGUGCCCCCCAACAUAUUGCAUUGUUCUCGCGUACCGAUAUUGAAAAACCCAAUAUCAAAGCAUUGGCAAGAGAUUAUAACCUUCCCUAUUCCCGUCUGCUCAAUCGAUACAAUGGCUGUGCUCCGCGAACUCAUCGACCUCCUGCUAAUCGACUUUUAUCUUUUGAGCAGGAAAAAUCACUUUGUCAGUAUAUAGAAGCUCUAGAUAAGCUAUGCCUACCUCCCAAUCGAUCGAUGAUCUUUGGUGCUGCUCGAUUCCUACUUGCGCAGAGCCAUACAGAUUCUACCACACCUGCACCUGGGCUUGGAGAGCACUGGGUCAAAAGAUUUCUCAAACGCCAUCCAGAGUAUAAUGUACGCAAGCAGAAGACCAUUGAUAUAUUACGGAAACAGGCUCAUCAACCAUCUCAUAUCCUUGAUUGGUUUAACCGGUUCAAAGAAACAGUCAAUAAAUAUGGAAUUCAAGAUUGCGAUAUCUACAACUUCGAUGAAACAGGGUUCAGAAUAGGAAUUGGACAUGAUCAAUGGAUUGUAACGCGAGAUCCUCGAAGACGGGCCUAUGUUGGAAGUUCAAAUAAUAGAGAAAGUCUUACUAUCAUUGAAGGAGUUGCAACUGAUGGCUUUACCAUUCCUCCCUUAUAUAUUCUCACCGCGAAGCAGCUACAGGAGCGGUGGACAGAUGAAAUAGAGAAGGAUGCCAUGAUAGCUACAUCCGACACUGGGUAUAAUAAUGAUCAAAUCUCUUUUCAGUGGAUUCAGCAUUUCCAUCGGUCUACAAAAGCUCGCACCAAAGGAACCCACCGUCUGCUUCUAUUAGAUGGAUUUGACUCCCAUUGCACCUUUGAAUUCAUGGAUUUUUGUGAAAAGAACAACAUCAUUCCCUUCUAUCUCAUCCCGCAUACGAGUCACCUAUUACAACCUCUGGAUGUUGGUGUUUUUCAAGCCUUUAAGCAUCAUCAUUCAGUGGCAGUUGAAGAAGCAACAAGACGCGGCUGUGAGAAGUUCACAAAGGUUGAAUUUCUUCAUGCUAUCACCUCCAUACGAAAAGCAACAUUCAGAGUUCAUACAAUCAAACAUGGAUGGGAAGCAACUGGCCUACUUCCAUUCAAUCCUUCAAUUGUCCUUAAUAAAUUGCGUGAAUUCGAGACUACUCCUUCAGAAUCUUCAAAUUCAGAUUCCAUGGAUUCAGAUACUUGGUAUACUCCUUCAACUGUACGCCAAUUCAACCGAUAUAAACGCAAACUCGAGGCUUUGGAAGAGGAAGAUGAAGAUAACUAUGAUGAGGACUAUAUAUAUGAAGGAUUACAGAAGCUUUAUAAGGGUAGUAUUGCAAUGGCCAAUACAGUGGCUCUUUUGCAGGAGGAGCUCUCGCAGACAACUGCCGCCUCGGCUGCUCGCAAACGCCGUCUGAACGGCUCACGGAGGGUAGUUCAUAAAGGAGGAGUCAUCUCUGCAGAUAAUAUUCGCAAAAUGACAGCUAUUCAUCAUCAGAUUGGUAUUGAGGAGGCAUUGGAGAAGUUACGGCCAAAAUGGAAGAAGGUUAUGAAGGAACUUAAGAGAUAUUGCAGAGACAAAGGCAUUUAUGUUAAUGCCACCAAAUUUACAAGGAAUUCACGGCAAUAG